AUGAAUCCACGAACCGUGGCGAACGCAUUCUGCUUCGUGGCCAUCGUUCAGGUAUCCGCCAUAGUGGACUUUAACAUCGACGGAGAUCCGAAGUCCGACUCGCAGGUCUGCUGCAAGCUGGAGUACGGCUUCCCACAGGACCCGUUUCAUGAGUGCGUCCAGCAGGGGAACCUGGACCCAGGGAGAACCAACGUGACCUACGAAGAGCUGAUGUGUCUCCACAAGUGCUACUACGAGAGUAUCGGCAUGUUUUCGGGCUCCAAAAUGAUCGUGGCCAAAUACCGACAGUACGCCGAGAGUCUCGACCAGGAGCAGCGGGUCGCGUUCAACCGUUGCCUGGCGGUGUGUGUCGCGUUCACCGCCAACACGAUGCAGAACUCCAAACUCCUGAAACAGAUGGCCUGCUCGCCCGUGCCGUAUCUGUUCAACCGCUGCCUGGCGGAAGUGGGCAUCGCCGUGUGUCCCACGGCACGAUGGAUUAAUGCAUCAUUCUGCGACGAGCUUGCGCAACGGAUCAAGCGAAAGUAUGGGAUGAAGCCAUAACGCUGCGAUGCCCAGCAAACGUAGAUGCCGCUCCGAAC